AUGGAAAAGCAGGAUUUCUCUCCAAAACGCCACUCUGCUCCUCUCGGCUUUGAGCUUUUAACUUCGUUCUGCCUCGAAUAUCUGGAACCUGUCCGGGUCUUUACCUGUCCGAUUCUUUACCUGUCCGAUUCUUUACCUGCCCGAUUCUUUACCUGUCCGGGUCUGUACCUGUCCGAUUCUUUACCUGUCCGGGUCUUUACCUGUCCGGGUCUGUACCUGUCCGAUUCUUUACCUGCCCGAUUCUUUACCUGUCCGGGUCUUUACCUGUCCGAUUCUUUACCUGUCCGAUUCUUUACCUGUCCGGGUCUGUACCUGUCCGAUUCUUUACCUGUCCGAUUCUUUACCUGCCCGAUUCUUUACCUGUCCGGAUUCUUUACCUGUCCGGGUCUGUACCUGUCCGAUUCUUUACCUGUCCGGGUCUUUACCUGUCCGGGUCUGUACCUGUCCGGGUCUUUACCUGUCCGAUUCUUUACCUGUCCGAUUCUUUACCUGUCCGAUUCUUUACCUGCCCGAUUCUUUACCUGUCCGGGUCUGUACCUGUCCGAUUCUUUACCUGUCCGAUUCUUUACCUGUCCGAUUCUUUACCUGUCCGGGUCUGUACCUGUCCGGGUCUUUACCUGUCCGGGUCUGUACCUGUCCGGGUCUUUACCUGUCCGGGUCUUUACCUGUCCGGGUCUUUACCUGUCCGAUUCUUUACCUGUCCGAUUCUUUACCUGUCCGAUUCUUUACCUGCCCGAUUCUUUACCUGUCCGGGUCUUUACCUGUCCGGGUCUGUACCUGUCCGAUUCUUUACCUGUCCGGGUCUUUACCUGUCCGGGUCUGUACCUGUCCGAUUCUUUACCUGUCCGGGUCUUUACCUGUCCGAUUCUUUACCUGUCCGGGUCUUUACCUGUCCGGGAUGUGAAGAUCGACAAAGCAGAAGCUUUAAUAAAACACUGCUGA